AUGGCCACCACCGCAUCCAAGUACCCCCAACACUACGACGACGAUGAGGAUGACGACGAUGAAUUCGAGGACGACGACGACGAUGACGAGCCCUCCCGGCCGCUGCCCGCCGGCAGCGCGGAGGAUCGCCUCGAGGCCGUUCUUCGCCGCCUCACGGCGGACGAGGUCCGGAUCCGGGUGCACGACGUCGCGAUCCGGGGCUGCGCCCGCACGCGCCGGGCCGCCGCGGAGGCAGCGGUGGGGCCGGACCUCGCGCGCGCCGCUACCGUGCCGGAGCUCCUGCGUGCCGCCGCAGCGGCCGGUGAGCGGCUCCGUCGCCUCGGCGCCUUCGAAUCCGUCUCCAUCACCCUAGACACCGCGCCACCGGGGGUCCCUGCGGACGCGAGAGGCGGCGCCGUCGUCGUCCUUGUCGACGUCACCGAGGCUCGGGGCCGCGCUGCCGGCGGGCUCGGCGUAUUCGCCAACACGGAGACUAGAUCAUGCUCAGUUGAAGGUUCACUGAGGUUCAAGAAUCUAUUUGGAUACUGUGAGACCUGGGAUGCAUCUGGUCUUCUUGGUUUAGAUCAGACAAUGGAGCUCAAUGUUGGAGCCAUAAUACCGAGAAUUGGACCAAUACCCACUCCACUGAUGGCUCGAGUGUCAUUUCUCUCUGAGGACUGGUUGAAGUCCUCACUCAGAGAACACCUGAUGGGGGUUUCUGUUGGGUUGCUCUCCACGAUGAACUAUAACCUUGCUUACAAUCUCUCAUGGAAAACUAUAAUUGACCCGGCGCGGUUGUCCUCCAGUUCCAUAAGGGAUCAGUUAGAGCAUAGCCUACUAUCCUCUAUCAAAUAUACAUACAAAAUUGACCAGAGAGAUUCAAGCAUAAGACCUACAUGUGGAUAUGCUUUUCUUUCGUCUUCUCAAGUCGGAGGUCUUGCCCCAGACAGCAAGAACACACGUUUUGUUAGACAGGAAUUUGAUCUUCGGGUAGCUAUGCCACUGGGUGUGUGGAAUGGUGCUCUGAAUGCCGGAGUGGCUGCAGGGGUCAUCCAUCCAUUGGUCACAGGAUCAACAGGCUCUAUCUCAUCACUUCCAGAACGCUUUUACUUGGGCGGCAAUAAGUCUCUUGUUUGCCGAUUGGGUGGACCAUCAUCACUAUUGGGCUUCAAGUCAAGGGGGCUAGGACCAACAGACUCACAAGCCUGUGCCCCCAAGAAUUCUGAAAAUGCUGCUCCCAUUUCUCCUGAGCUAGAUGCACUGGGAGGUGACAUAGCAGUCACAGCCUUUGCUGAUCUUUCAUUUGAUCUACCUCUGAAGCCACUCAGGGAGCUUGGGAUUCAUGGCCAUGCAUUUGUCUCAGCUGGGAACCAUGCCAAGUUCACAGAGCGUGACAUAAGAGGAUUUUCCGUUACCGAGUUCCUAAAAACGUUCAGGAGUUCUGCAGGAUUUGGUGUGGUUGUGCCAACCAGAUUGUUUCGCAUAGAGAUGAACUACUGCCACAUCCUAAAACAGUUUGAUAAUGACAGGGCGAAGACAGGCAUACAGUUCAACUUCUCUUCGCCCUAA